AUGUUUGGAGAAACCACAAACAUAUCGGUUGCAAAUGAGACAAGGAGGCAAUACACGACGCUAAGGCAUUUCCCUGCUGAUUCGAGGAAGUAUUGUUACACAUUAGGUGUCACAAGCAGGACGAGGUAUCUGUUGAGAGCGACUUUCCUGUAUGGUAACUUCGACAACAACAACAACGUGUACCCAAAAUUUGAUGUCUCAGUUGGAGCAACACGCUGGUCGACCAUUGUUAUUUCUGACGCUAACACGGUCGAGUCUAUAGAGCUCAUAUUUCUCGCUUCUACUCCUAAUAUCAGUGUGUGCUUAUCCAAUGCUACAACUGGCCGGCCUUUCAUAUCUACCCUCGAGCUCCGACAAUUCAAUGGUUCCGUUUAUUACACACCAUCUGAAAACCAGUUUUACCUCAGUGUCUCUGCCAGAAUCAAUUUUGGCGCAGAUAGCGCAGCUCCGGUCAGGUAUCCUGAUGACCCAUUUGAUAGACUAUGGGAAUCUGACACACUGAAGAAAGCAAACUAUCUUGUUGAUGUUGCUGCGGGUACCCGGAAAGUGUCCACGAAGAUGCCAAUUGCUGUAAACAGAGAUGAAAUGCCUCCUGAGAAAGUGAUGCAGACAGCUGUAGUUGGCACCAAUGGAUCACUAACCUAUCGGUUGAACCUGGAUGGUUUUCCUGGUGAUGGUUGGGCUUUCACCUACCUUGCAGAAAUUGAAGAUUUGCUUCCUCAAGAAUCCAGAAAGUUCAGGCUAGUACUUCCAGGGAACUCUGAUCUGAGCAAAGCCAUUGUUAACAUCCAGGAGAAUGCUCAAGGAAAAUAUCGUCUCUAUGAACCAGGAUAUACCAAUAUAUCCCUCCCCUUUGUUUUGUCAUUUAGAUUUGGUAGGACUUCUGAUUCAACAAAGGGGCCGCUGUUGAAUGCCAUGGAGAUAAACAAGUAUCUCGAGAUCAAUAAUGGAUCCCCAGAUGGAGAUGUUAUCAAUAAUGUGGUUUACCUAAACCCGUUAGCGGAUUGGGCAAAGGAAGGUGGUGACCCGUGUCUUCCAGUUCCUUGGUCAUGGGUCCAGUGUAACUCCGAUGAACGACCAAGAAUAACUAAAAUCUCCUUGUCUGAUAAGAAUUUGACUGGAAACAUUCCUUCAGAUUUGACAAAGUUGUCAGGCUUGGUUGAACUAUGGCUUGAUGGGAACUCACUCACUGGACCAAUUCCUGAUUUUAGUGGAUGUCCAAACCUGGAGAUCAUCCAUCUGGAGAAUAAUCAGUUGACUGGCCAGAUGCCUUCGUAUUUGGGAGACCUACCAAAUCUGAGGGAGCUGCACGUGCAAAACAAUAUGUUAUCUGGAACAGUACCAUCAGGCCUCCUUAACAAAAAUAUAGAAUUGAAUUAUUCAGGAAACAUCAAUCUUCAUGAAGGGGGUGGCAGAGCAAAAAAGAAGAGUAUGAUUAUUGGUUUAUCAGUGGGAGCAGCUGUUCUGCUAAUAGCCUUAAUUGCAGCUUGGAUAUUUAUGCAAAGAGGGAAGAAAAAGCAUUCUGAUCAAGACAAACUACAAGGAGCCUUGGCUGUUCAAAAGGUAGUUUCUGGCUUAAGUGAUGCUACUGCAGAAGGGGCACAUUACUUUACUUACUCUGAUAUCAUAGAAGCAACCAAAAAUUUCGAGAAGAAAAUAGGCUCUGGAGGUUUUGGAGUUGUUUACUAUGGAAAAACGAAGGAUGACAAGGAAAUUGCUGUUAAAGUGCUAACAAGCAAUUCAUAUCAGGGAAAGCGAGAGUUUGUAAAUGAGGUCACUCUUCUAUCAAGGAUACACCACAGAAAUUUGGUGCAGUUUCUGGGUUGUUGUCAAGAAGAAGGCAAAAGUAUGCUUGUUUAUGAGUACAUGCACAGUGGAACUCUCAAGGAACAUCUUUAUGGGCCUCUAAUACAGGGAAGAAAUACCAAUUGGAUUCAGCGCCUAGAGAUUGCUGAGGAUGCAGCAAAAGGGAUUGAAUACCUUCACACGGGUUGCGUCCCGGCCAUUAUCCAUAGGGAUCUCAAGACCAGCAAUAUUCUUCUUGACAAACAGAUGAGAGCAAAGGUAUCAGAUUUUGGCCUUUCAAAAAUUGCGGCCGAUGGGGCUUCUCAUGUCUCGAGCAUCGUUAGGGGCACUGUUGGCUAUUUGGAUCCUGAGUACUAUAUCUCUCAGCAGCUAACGGACAAGAGCGAUGUGUAUAGUUUUGGGGUCAUUCUCCUGGAGCUGAUGUCUGGUCAAGAGGCCAUAUCCAAUGAAAGCUUCGGCAUUAACUGCCGCAACAUCGUUCAAUGGGCAAAGCUACACAUUGAGAGCGGCGAUAUCCAAGGAAUCAUCGACCCGAUACUGGGGGACGAAUACGACAUUCAGUCGAUGUGGAAGAUAGCAGAGAAGGCUCUGAUGUGCGUCCAGGCGCAUGGUCACAUGAGACCUUCGAUUUCGGAAGUUCUGAAGGAGGUCCAAGACGCCAUCUCCAUCGAGAGGGAAGCCAAGGCGGCCAGAGAAGGCGUCUCGGACGACAUGUCGAGGACGUCAGCUCAUUCUUCUCUCAACACGGACAUGGGCGGAGUAGCAGAUAAUUUCCUUUCUCUGGGUGACUCCAUGGCUAGGCCAACCGCAAGAUAG